AUGUUAUUUCAGCAAAAAGUCAAUGUACACAUUCGGCAAUGUGAUGACAAGAUUGACAUUAGCCUGUGCAAAAAGGGAAGGUGGUCUUACACUUCAUGUGGAACGGUAACGAUUUCCGUGGAAGAGGAAAUCCUCGCACAAAAUGUCCCAAAAAGAAGGACAUACACACUUGUGCAUGAUAACAAAUCGGCAAGUAAACUCGCAAUGACCAUCUACAAAAUGGAUGAAAACAUCGCAACAAUGGAAAUAACUCCACUCACACUCCAAGUACUUAUUCAGAGCCAAUUAGAAGGAAACGUUCUAGAGGAGGAGAUGCUAAGAGGCUUAGAAGAGAUGUCUGAUACAGAAAGAUUACGAUACUUUGCUAUUGUCAUAUCUGGUCCAUUAAAAAAAAUGAAUAGCAUUGGUAAAAAGUGGACAGAAUACUUUUUUAAACCACUUGAAAUAUCUCCGGGCUACUGGGAAUGGUGUUACUGGAAAUCCUUGGAGAAAUAUGAGAGUGGAGAAGAAUGUUUGGGAGGCUUCUCAUUCUUGGCAAUUAGUGUCAUAGUACCCGAUCCCAAAGAACGCAGGAACUUUUACAUUAGGUAUCACAACGAAGAUGGUGAACAUGGGAUGAUUUUUAAAAGAGUAGACAGGGACAGAAACGUAUGGACCGAUGGUCUUUUCGAAUUUGUGGAGAGGGUUAGGGAGGUAUACCUUAAAAACCCUAAAUUCCGUAAUUUGAAAAAGGCAAAAAAACGAAUCAUUCGCUGUAAGGACCUAGACCCUGGAGUCCGAUUCGAGGAUAUAUGCAAAGAAGUGAAAUCGGAUGACUCAAAACCAAAUUUAAAUACUACCCAUACCGUAAUGAGCCCUGUCAAUCUUAUAACACCUGAAAAAAAGACGUUGCGGGAUAACAUUCAGAUUAUGGCUUCUAACAUGUAUAAAACGGGAAAUGAAAAUGUAGCAUGA